UCCGGGGCGCCGCCGGGGCUGUCGCACUUCCUGUUGGGCGCUGGCCGGACGUGUUGCCACGAAGGGUCCUACCCCGCUUCACGAUGUCGACCGGUGUCCCUGGAAGCUCCAAUGUGGCUGCUGGCAGUAAUCGCCGUCUCCAGCAGACUCAACACCAAGUAGAUGAGGUUGUGGACAUCAUGAGAGUGAACGUGGACAAGGUGCUGGAGCGUGAUCAGAAGCUGUCGGAGCUGGAUGACCGUGCUGAUGCACUGCAAGCAGGAGCUUCCCAGUUUGAGACCAGUGCAGCCAAGCUGAAAAGAAAGUACUGGUGGAAGAACUGUAAGAUGUGGGCAAUAUUGAUAACUGUUGUUGUCAUUAUCGUCAUCCUCAUUAUUGUCUGGAGUCUGUCUCCAUGAGUUACAGGAAGAAACUCCAGUCAUCUGAAGGGGCCCCAUCUUCAGCCUCUCCACUUCAAACCUGCUGUAUUUUCAGCCUAUUUUCUGCUGUUUUGAGCAAAACUAUUUUGAUUACUGAAAUGUUAACUAACUUUACCUGGUUGCCUUAAGACACUCCUGUCAUAAAUUACUAACAAGCACAGCCCACCACUUGCACAGUGCCUUGACGGACCAGGGCACGGAGCUGGUGAGGAGGAUUUGGCUCUGGGAUUCCACUCGCGAUGCUGUCUUGGCUCACGGUGCCGUCACGGGUGCUGCAGACUGGUUUGGGGUCUUCCUGCCCUCCUCCUGCCCUCCUCGGUGCCAUUGUGCCUUGCGUGCUAACCUCUGCCUCCGGGAGCGCCCCGCGCCCUCCCCGCCCAGCCGGGACGCGCCGGCGGGGGGCGGGGCGGGGGAAGCGCCGCCCCACCGAGCACCGACGCCACCGCGGAGCGCCCCUCCCGGGUCCGGCGGGGCGGGGCGGCGCGGGGCAGGCGCGGGCACGGGGGCCGCGUGCGGCGGCGCGUGAGGGGCGGGGCGGGGCCGCCUCGCCUCGCGCCCCGCCCCGCCGCGCGCCCGGCGCUGCCCAAUAAAGCGGCUCUGACCCUG